AUGUCUUACAAUCUCUCGCCCGAAAAGAUGGUUUCAACCCCUCUGGAGGCAGACGAGCUGGAAAGAGAGAAUAAAGUUCCCCACAAUUCGAGUUCAAAUAUAAUGGUGCUCCUUUGCGAGCCUGGGCUAUACGACAUGGAAAUAAAUCUGAUCAGAAAGGUCUUUUUCCAAAAUAUUGGAAAUAUGCGAAAUAGGAUGAAGAUCGAACUAGAACUUCUUGAAAAGAAAAAAGGAAUAUAUGGGUUAGUUAAAGGUAAAAUAGAGUUUACUAACGAAGCUACCCCAAUGGCGAACAUAAUUAAGGAUGUUCUAUCUUCGACAAAAGAUACGAAGACGCAGAAGUGGCUGAAAUCCUAA